GAGUGUGUGAGUGUGUGUGUGUGUGUGUGAGUGUAGGUACCUGAAGAGUCCGGAGGCGUUGAAUGCCUCUAAAGCUAGAGUUAGGGGCAGUUGUAAGCCUCCUGACUUGGGUACUGGGAACUGAACUCAGGUCCUCUGGAAGAGGAUUUGGACUUUUAAUUGCUGAGCCAUCUCCACAACCCCUGCCCUUUUUGUGACAGAUUCUUACUAUAUAGCACUGGUUAGCCACAAACUCCAAGCAAUCCUCCUGCCUUAACCUCAUGAGUGCUAGGAUUACUGGUGUUCACUGUUAUUCAUGGCGGGGUAAUGAGCUGUUUUAAUCUGCGACGUGGCUUUAAUGAGCCAUCUUAAAUCCAGUGUGGCUUUUGUUUAUUGAGUACUUGAGAUGUACAGGGGAUGGGAGAGGAAUGAGAUGACUGCCCAUCUCCGGAAAGCUCACCUAUUAGAGCAGCAGUAGUGGACCUGUGGAGUGAAGGAGGAGAACAUGCCUGUCUCCUUUUCCCUCAUCCAUCAUUAGAGUUUAUAUCAACUGUCACAGCUGUGUGAGUGUAGGAGGAUGAAGGUGGAUGGCUGUCUUUCUUCCUGCCACCAUCCACUUCCUCACCUGUUGGUAGUAUCUGAAGCAUCCUUUGAGGAACCUCUCCCUCCUAUCCUCCCCCCCUCCAGAUGAUUGGGUUCUAGUUGCUCUCUAGGAGUGACCAAGUGACUCAGGUGUGGCCGCAAGCACACCUUGUGAGUCUUUGCCAGGGUGACUGGUUCAGGUCUAGUUAAUCCUCUGGCUACAGGAUGUGUUGGGGAUGCUUGAGUGAUCUCAGAUGGCUAAGCAGGAAUCCCAGACAUGUGCAGAAGCCUCAAGCAGCAGAUGUUUGUUCUUUUGCAGCAGGCGGGGGAUGGGGGGGACGGGCGGUAGUUGAACUUCCAUCUGAAAGAUGCAGUACCAGGAUUUUUGGCAGCAAUAUUGUUCUGCUAUGCUAUUGAAGAUAAGAACAAUAUGAAGGGAAGUAGAGCAAAAUGGUGUGUGUGUGCAUGCACGUGUGCGCGUGUGAACAAAACACAGAAUCUUUGUGACUCUGGAUGCCUGGGUCAAAGCCACACCUAAAGCCAGACCCCUGCACUUAUCAGGUGUAUAAGCCUGUGCUUUCCAUCUUUUGCUGAAGUGGUUUAAGUCCACUUUCUAAGAGACUGUUGCACAGGGCUUCCAAGUUGGCUGCCCUGCAAGCUGGCUCCUGCCAUCUGCUCUGUAGUAGCCCCACCCUUUCUCAAACUCUACCCAGCCAGUUCUGAAGUUUCCAGGAGACUCUGUUUAGUUGGCAAGUGAACCAACUAGUCCUCUGCCAUUCCCUUUGGUCUCACUGAGCUCUUCUAGGGAGUCCUGUUCUUGAGAACCCCGGGCUCUGCCCCCUGGCAAGCAUCGUAGAGAGAGCCAGGUCUUACACUCUUUUUUUUGUUGUUGUUUUGUUUUUGGAUUUUUUGUUUGUUUGUAUUUUGAGACAGGGUUUCUCUGUAUAACAGCUCUGUCUGUCCUGGAACUUGCUUUGUGGACCAGGCUGGCCUCAAACUGAUGGAGAUCCACGUCUGCUUCCUGAGAUCUGGAAUAAAGCUUUGCCCCAUCAUGCCGGGAACAGUCCUGACACUCUUAAGACACUUAAAGUUCAGGUGCAUCUAGGGACUCAGUCAUUGAGGACCUGCUCCCCAGUCUUUGUAGCUCUGCUUAUCGGGGGCUUUCCCUGUGAGGGCUUCACUUUCAUUCCCAUCUAUGAAUUUUGUAGCAACUGAGACUACAAUAUCCUCAUAGAAUAGACUAGAGAGUUCAGUGGUUGGACCAAGGUUCUGUGGUCCAAUAGGGAAGCAACUGAACUUUCAAGACCCUCCUAAAUACUUUUUAUGAAUCGAGGCCACUGUGGAGGGUCGGGUAGCCAUGCGGGGAAGCUUAAAAGGGAGAGAUGCGGUCAGCUAUAGGAAGUUGUGGCUUAAAAGGUGAGACUUGUGCGGUACCAAGUCAGGCUAGAACCAGGGAGCAUAGUGAGCCAUCCCUGUGACUAGUGUUUUCCAAGUUCCAGAACCCCAGUCUGACAGGUGGGGGCUGCAGCUGGGGAGGGUAUUCGGGGACCCAGCCCUAGUUCAGGUGAGCUAAUCCAGCCAGAAGCGUGGAAGUUCUCAGGCCGUGCUGGAGUGAUUUAGGGUGCCUUUGGCUCUGAAACUGUCGACCCAGAUUGGCUUGGUGCCCGGCUACGGGCCGGGCCUUUAGCGGGGGUGGAAGAGGAGGGUGCCGCGCCCUGCCCAGCCCAGGUGUCGUCUCCGGGGGCGGGGUUUGGGAACCGGGCAGCUGGGGAGAUUCCCGGCUGCACUGGUGGGAGGGUGGCCGUCGAGGGACCGGAGUCCAAGCCCGCGGGAGACUGAUGCCAGGAGCGCAGGGAGCACACUGAGCAAGGGGCUGCAAGCAUGUUCUCUCGAAACCAUCGGAGCCGGGUCACAGUGGCCAGGGGCUCCGCCCUGGAGAUGGAAUUCAAACGAGGCCGUUUCCGACUUAGUGUCUUCAGCGACCCGCCGGAGGACACGGAGUUACAGAGGAAACUAGACCAUGAGAUCCGGAUGAGGGAAGGGGCCUGCAAGCUGCUGGCGGCCUGCUCCCAGCGAGAGCAGGCUCUGGAGGCCACCAAGAGCCUGCUGCUGUGCAACAGCCGGAUUCUCAGCUACAUGGGCGAACUGCAGAGGCGCAAGGAGGCCCAGGUGCUGGAGAAGACCAGCCGGCGACCUUCCGACAGUGUGCCGCCCCCUGAGCGUUCCCCUUGCCGUGGCCGGGUCUGCAUCUCUGACCUCCGGAUCCCACUCAUGUGGAAGGACACGGAGUAUUUCAAGAACAAAGGCGACCUGCACCGCUGGGCUGUGUUCCUGCUGCUGCAGCUCGGGGAACAGAUUCAGGACACAGAGAUGGUCCUGGUGGACAGGACGCUCACAGACAUCUCUUUUCAGAACAAUGUGCUCUUUGCUGAGGCAGGGCCGGACUUUGAACUGCGGCUGGAGCUGUAUGGGGCCUGUGUGGAAGAAGAGGGAGCCCUGGCUGGUGCUCCCAAGAGGCUUGCCACCAAACUCAGCAGCUCCCUGGGCCGUUCCUCGGGGAAGCGUGUCAGGGCAUCGCUGGACAGUGCUGGGGGCUCCGGGAACAGUCCCAUCCUGCUGCCUACCCCAGCUGUGGGGGGUCCUCGGUACCACCUCUUGGCCCACACCACUCUCACCUUAGCAGACGUGCAAGAUGGAUUCCGUACACAUGACCUCACCCUCGCGGGUCAUGAGGAGAACCCUGACUGGCUGCCCCUUUAUGGUAGCGUGUGUUGCCGCCUGGCAGCCCAGCCUCUCUGCAUGACUCAGCCCACUGCAAGUGGUACCCUCAGGGUGCAGCAAGCUGGGGAGCUACAGAAUGGGACACUCGUCCACGGAGUCCUGAAAGGCACAAACCUCUUCUGUUAUGGGAGAUCCGAAGAUGCAGACACCGGGCAAGAACCACGGUUUACUGUCGCCAUCAACAAGGAGACUAGGGUCCGGGCAGGGGAGCUGGAGCAGGCCCGGGAAUGGCCUUUCACUCUCAGCAUCAGCAACCGCUAUGGAGAAGACGAGGUGACCAACACCCUCCGGGUGGAGAGCAGAGAAGCCCUGCAGAACUGGAUGGAGGCGCUGUGGCAGCUCUUCUUUGACAUGAGCCAGUGGAAGCAUUGUUGUGAUGAAGUCAUGAAAAUCGAAGCUCCUGCACCCCGGAAACCCCCACAAGCACUGGCCAAGCAGGGGUCCUUAUACCAUGAGAUGGCUAUUGAGCCACUAGACGACAUCGCCGCUGUUACCGACAUCCUGGCCCAGCGCGAGGGCACAAAGCUGGAGCCGCCCCCACCCUGGCUAGCAAUGUUUACAGACCAGCCUGCCUUGCCUAGCUCCUGUGCGCCUGCCUCAGUGGCCCCAGUCCCAACCUGGACGCAACCCCUGCCCUGGGGGCGACCCCGAACCUUUUCUCUGGAUGCUGCACCCCCAGAUUACUCCCUUGGGGCUUCUCGCUCGGUUGCACCCCUCCCCCCGCAGCGAUCCCCACAAUCCAGAGGCUUCUACAGCAAAAGUCAGCUCCGCACAUGGCUCCAGUCCCCAGUGUGAGAGGCACCAGCAACAGGAUCUGGCCAAGAAAGAAAACGACCCAAGGGCAACUGGGUCCUAGGUCCAGCACUGUAGGGCGCUGGGCUCCUCUUCCUCCACUGGACUUGGAAGGAAAGCUGGGGAGGGGUAACAGAAGCCCCUCUUAAGUUGUGGUUACCAUGGUACUGAGGAGGCCAUUUCUGGAGCUGGUUGGGAUCCCCUAGCUCUUUACCUGGGAGAAAACUGGAAGAACCCUGCCCUGCCUCCCUGCACUAACCAGCCUCGAGGGUGGGCGGCACUAGGGAGCAGGGGAAAGGCACCUCCCUGGGACUCCUACCCCCACCAUUAAAGUUAUUUAACAGCU